UAUUUCUCUCUACUUCCCCACAGACUCAGCUGGAAGAGAGUCGUCAGGAACAAGGAGCCCUGUUGCGUGAAUCCUGCCGCCUGAAGGAAGAGGUUCAAGAAUUGAGAAGCCGCGCAGCUGAUCUAGAAGCAGCACUGAGCUCCUUACGUGACGAGCAUACCAAGCUGGCUGCACAAUAUAAGGAACUGUCAAAUUCUUACACAGAAAUCUCCGAGCAGAGAGAGACUCUAAACCUUCAAGAAACUGAGCACUUGGCCCGAAUCCAGGAACUGGAGGGCGAUAUCCAAGCAAUGGGAGAGAAGAUGCUUCAGAGGGAGACGGAAUUAGACAGGUCAAGGCCAUGUCCAAGAGAGCACCUCAA